UUGGCUUGGAGGUUUUAGAGAGCUUCUGUGAUUCUGACUCCGCUAUAAACUUAAAGGAGACGAGAAGAGGAAGCUGGAGCGGGAGCGCGGGAGCGGGAGCGCGCGCGCUGUGUCGCCUGCAGCGAGCUGCGUUUAGCGCUGCGUGUUCGGGACGACCUGUGGAAGCAGGUAAGCUCGUGUGAACGGAGUAAUAACUCACAGCGGUCAAAGGGAGAGGAAACAGCACUGCCUCGGGACAUUCCUGUGUUGCUCUAGGCGAAAAGUUUAAUGGUUAGACAGCAGGAACUUCUUCAGCUCGGCACCUGAUACUGAGGACGCUGACGGGUUAUUGCAGCUCUGUUUCAGGAGGAAUUCAACACCUCUCUCUACAUACAGACAAGUGGUUUUUGUUUUACCAGGAGAUAUUCGGAAGUAGUUUGACUUGACUGCAGGAAAAAGGAAAACUGUUCCAUGAAGUGAUGUCUCAGAGAAGGUGCAGAGAUUCAGAAAUGUGUGAUGGUGUGUGAGUGCUUGCAAUGGGACGGAAGAAAAUCUGGCUUCUCUGUGUCAUAUUUGCUGUUUACCUGUAUCUAACAAAUCACUCACUGAAUGCUGAAACAGUGGUGAAAGGAAGAGUAGGGGGGAAUGUAGAACUGGGCUGCACCCUCACCUCUUCAUCGGAUGGGGUCAUGUCUCCCAAUCCAUUACCUCUGCACGUGGUAGAGUGGGUGCGGCUGGGCUACAACGUACCCAUUCUCAUUAAAUUUGGAGACUACAUGCCACGUGUCCAUCCAAAUUAUAAAGGUCGUGUGUCUCUGUUAAAAGGUGCAUCUCUAGUGGUUGAUGGCUUGACUCUGGAAGAUGAAGGCUGGUUUGAGUGUCGUAUACUUUUGCUGGACAGAACCGCUGAUGAAUUUCGAAAUGGAACGUGGACCUUCCUGUCAAUAACAGCUCCUCCAGUGUUUAUAAACACACCGCCUUCCUUUGUGGAAGUCCUUUUGGGGGAAUCACUCUCUAUUAGCUGUGUCGCACUUGGCAACCCAAAACCUACAGUCACCUGGAGAAAAGAGGGCAACCCAGUGGAGGAAGAUAACAAGAUUCAGAUGGUAAUCAGUGAAACGUUAUCUUUGGUCAAGGUUACUAGGGAAACAGCAGGAAUGUACAGGUGUCACGUGUCCAACUCUGAGGGAAACUUGACUCACAUUACCCAUCUACAGGUUAAAGGUCCUCCAGUGAUUGUUAUUCCGCCUGAGGACACCACAAUGAACAUGUCCGAGUCUGCAGCUCUGCAGUGCCAUGCUGAUGCAUACCCAUCUAACCUAACAUAUGAGUGGCAGAAAGAAGGGCAAAAUGUCUAUAAUAUUGAAUCUCUAAGGUCUCGAGUAAAGAUCCUGGUGGAUGGCACUUUACUCAUUUCUAAACUAAUCCCUGAAGACUCAGGAAACUACACCUGCAUUUCUUCAAAUGGAUUACUGACUCCACCAUCUGCUUCUGCCUACCUUAAAGUGAAAUAUCCUGCAAGAGUGGUAAUGAUGCCCAAGGAGACUUACCUACCUGCUGGCAUGAGUGGAACAAUUGUGUGCCCAUUUCAAGCUGAGCCUCCAAUGCUGUUUGUCAACUGGACCAAAGAUGGUGUGUCACUGGAUCUACACCAGUACCCAGGUUGGACGAUAAACUCAGAAGGCUCUGUGUUCAUAACCACAACCAACAAUGAUGCAGUAGGAAUGUACACUUGCACUGCUUACAACAGCUAUGGGACUAUGGGUCAGUCUGAGCCCACCAAAGUAAUUCUGAAGGAUCCUCCAUCAUUUCAGGUGUCCCCCAGGGCCAAAUACCUGCAGGAAAUUGGUAGAGAGCUGACCAUUCCUUGCCAAGGACGUGGGGACCCAGCACCUAAUAUCACUUGGACCAAGGUUGGGAGUACACCUUGCUCUCCAUUUACUGUUUUGUCCAAUGGUUCUCUGCUUCUACAUCCACUCAGCAAAAACCAUCAAGGGAAAUGGGAGUGUCAUGCUACCAACUCUGUGGCCACAGUCAGUAAAGGCACUGUGGUGCUGGUAUUAGGCACAAGCCCCCAUGCUGUGACUGCGGUAUCCAUAGCUCCAGGCAUCAACAAUGCCAAUGUAUCCUGGGAGCCUGGCUUUGAUGGAGGAUAUACCCAAAAGUUUAGCAUCUGGGUAAAACCUGCUAAGCGAGGGAAACAUGAAUGGACCUCAGUACCAGUCCCUACAUCUAAAUCCAGCCUUCUUGUGACAGGCCUUCAGCCUUCCACCAGUUACCAGUUCAGCAUCUUGCCCCAGAACAAGCUGGGCUCUGGCCCAUUUAGCGAAAUUGUCACCAUCAUGACCCUGGCUCCUCCAAAAGAGCCACCCACUGUAGUAACUGAUUUAGCAGCACUACUUGCUCCCACCUCACUGUCAAUCAAUUACACAGCAGUGGGUGUGCUCCUGCGGUGGCUGCCACCACCUGCUCACUCUCCACUGAUCACAGCCUACAUGCUCCAAGCAAGGCAGGAGAAGGGCAAAUGGGUUACACUUGAUGGAGAAAUCCCUGCCAACACCACAGAAAUACUUGUCCAAGGACUGACAAGGGACUCCUGUUAUGAACUGCGGCUACUGUCACAUGGAGCUAAAAUAGUCAGUGAUCCCAGUGAAUCAGUGAAUAUCACCACUGAAGGUAUGGAUUUAUACCCAGCUCCAUCCAGCUUGCUGACUCAGCCCCUAAUGGCUGGUGUGAUUGCGGGGAUGUGCUUCCUUUUUGUGGCUAUAAUUCUUUCAAUGGUAACAGCAUGUAUUGUGAACCACAGGAGGAAGCAGGGCUGUAUGAAAAGACAAAACGGCCUUACUGGGUUAGUUACCUCUACUGGCUUACGAAAGACACGAUCUCCACAUUUGCCUGUUGACAGCCCCAGCAGCAUACUGAAGAUGAAGUUAUGUCCUCCGCUUAACUUUUUCCCCAAUUCCUCCUCUUCUGACCAUUCAGGUCAUUCAUCCAUUGACAAAGGCAGCCGCAGUGAGUUUCAUGAUCAAAAGAAGCAACUUCUCCCCUCAUCAUCCCCACCACCUUGCUACACUCUCUUUGAGAGCCAUCUCGGCAGUUCUCCAUCCUCACUGUCUGCCAUUCAAUCUAUAUCCAGAGGUCCAGAUGGCCGUUUCAUUGCCCAACCAUAUUUAGAGGAUUCUAUGGCAAUGCACAGUGAAACAAAAAAAGAAUUUCCCCAGUCCCCUGUACAAGAAAAUAGUGAAGGGAGAAAGAGAAGCUCUUUCCAAAACUCUCCCACAACCUGCUCAGUUAGCUCAGAGAAAAGAGUGAUACCAGAUCUGCCAUCAACAGGGCAGGGCAGCCAGAGCCAAGGUCUAACACAGUUGAAAGAGCAAGAGGAGAGCCUCAGCCACAGAGCACAGUGUGAAGAAGAGCAGAAGCAGACAAAAUCAGCAAGCCCUAUUCAAAGAUGGUCAGAGGCUGAGUUGGAUGACACCAUCUUGAAACCUCAGAAUAUUCUUCUUCGGCAAAAAGCCAAGAGACCUAGCAGCCUGACCCAACAGGUUUCAGAGUAUCGAAGGGGUUGCUACUUUGGCAAUACCAGCAGUCCCAUGGAGAGGCUACUUACCUCCACCUCCCCAAACAUUCAAUGGGAUAUAAGUCCUGUGACAUCUCAUGUCAGACAUAGCCCUGUUCAGAGCCUCUUGGAGGGAAAAACACCUCACUCAAUGCUUCGAGAAACACCACCCAAAUGUUUGGAGCAUGUAGAAGACACAGCAGCAGAAGACCACUCACAUUCACCAAUUACACAGUACACCUCUAUCUCAAUCCUUUCUCCCCAAAGGGACAGUCAUUCUUUCUGUAAGUCAGACAUAAGUAAAGCACUGGCCAGAUGCCCAGAGAGACCAGUAGAGAAGGACCUUUCCAGCAGGAUAUCAACAGAGGAUCAGAGGAUUCAAGAAAGGGAAAUAAAGACUCAAGCAAGUGUCUCUAUGUCCACAUGCCCUGUUCCCUGCGGAGAAGAGGCCAGCCCUAUUGGGCACUACCAAAAACUUAGCAAUAACUUGAGUCACAGUUUCACUGGUUGUUACACCAUUACCUCUGAUAAAUUGAAAAGUGAUCAUCAAAUCCAAACUCAAGCUAGGUCCAGCUCUGCAUCUUUGCAGGCUGAAGAUGAGAAGGAGAAUGUUCGGGCACGUUCUCGCAAAAGUGACAAGUGUAUUUUUAAUGUUAGCACCAAUCCUAUUUCUCCUCUGCCCCUCUUUGAAAAUGAGGUUCAAAGUGAUCAGUCUAAUUGCUCGUUUAGAUUUUCUCACAUACCCCAACCUGACAGGAUGUCUCCUCUUCAACCAAGCACUAUUUUGGAGUAUUUAAGCUUGCCUGGGUUUGUUGAGAUGAGUGUUGAUGAACCGAUUGAGGAGUGUGAAAUUCCAGAAACUACUUCGCUGAGCACCAACCAAGCAGAUGGGACUCUGGUAAGAGGUGAACCAGAUGUGGUCCCUAAAAACUGGGGCAGUCAUUACCAUCUAGAGGGAUGUGAUGGUCACCAAAGUAGAUUUUUGAUGGACGUUAAAAAACCCAUUAUUUCUGUAGGACAUUCUAUAUCUGAAAAUGUAACUAGUUCUGAACUGGCACAAGGAAAUACAAGUAAAAACCCAGGGUCAUCAGAGACAAAAAAAAGUUUUUCAACCCAGUACCUGGCUUAUGGUAAAAAAAGUCCCCAGCAACUGUUCUCCCACAAAAACCUUGCUUCUGUUAAACCCACAAACAUGAGCAUAGCACAACCUCUAGAGAGACCAAAAGUAGUUUAUAAUAUCCCUAAUCAAGGUGAGGCUAUGAAAAAAUCUUUACCAGAGCACAUUCAGUGGUGUCAACCUCAGAAUAAGAGGACCAACCAAAUAAGUGCCCGGAUCUCUCAGGCUCCUGUGCCUCUAAUGAAGAAAUCAGUCAGCAUUGGUCCAUGUAGGACUCUCUCAGGUAUGGGACAACCUUGUUCAUACCUUAGGAAAUCCACUAGUUUAGGGUCCCAACAGUGGGAUCAUCAUCAAGGCUCUAGAACAUACGUUUCUCAUAACUAUAACAAAGUUGAGUUACCCAAUCUUAGUGUAAAAGAAAAGUCCUACAAUUUGGGUUGCACACCUGCCAAUACUUACUUGAGUCCUGAAACCUCAUGUAAAGGGACAAGGUGUGCCAGAUCUUACAGCAGCUAUGGCCCGAAGAGACCUUACUUCAAUGAGAGGGCAUAUAUGACUUCUUCCUCUCUCAUGCAUGUACAUGUCCCAUCAGUCUUAGAGCCACCAAAGCAUGUAAGACUUUGUAGACAAGAGUUAGAUCCACGUCGACAAGCCACAACCUUUCCAGAGUCUCUAAGAUGCCCACUGUCAUAUCAAGAGACCCUCAGGUUAGUCCAGCACAGGUAUGUCCCCAAUGUUCCUCCUCGACCUAUUAGUGCACCCAGACAAGUUGCAAGGUUGGACCAUCCUCAUCCUGUGGACAGCAGAAAUAGUUUUCAGAGGCCAUUAUUGCCUAGGGGUUACAGCUGGCCCUCAGCUCACCAAGCAGCUUUCCCCUCAGCAGAGAUUCAGAGAGAACUGUAUGAGGUGGUGGGUAUGAACGAGGCAAGGGAAAGUACAAUAAAGGGUUGUCGAGCAAGUUAUGAUAGCCAGAGCAGUGGAAGGGGGAGUGUGGGGCCAUUUGGGCACCUUCAACAGUCUGCAAAGGAGGUUGAAAGGCACAAGAGGGAGACAGACCUGCCAGAGCGAAGGUUAAAAAGUAUGAAUACACCAGUAGAUGAAAGUUAUGAGUUUGAUGCUACUGAAUGCCAGCAAGGCCUUGACCUCCUGGAGGCCAUGAAGAUAAAGCAGGCAGGUAUGGGGCAAGGGAGGGACCUCAGAUGUAAUAGGCCCCUUUCUAGCACUGGCCUCCAGGACCUGCAAGAUAAAGACCCGAACUCCUUCGUAAGUUUUCCCUUUGCCUCCCAGCCUCCUCAACAGCCACAUAUUCAUUCACUAAGUGAGACACGUUUCAAUGCACUGAUGCAAGAGUUCCAAGAGUACCGCAAAGCCCUGGACUCCCAAAACCCCUGCCCCCUACCUGACCUCAACUACGAUUUAGAGUCUGCCCUGCUUUAGGGGGCCCCACUUGGUUGUUAGCUUUAAACAUCACUCUGUGACUUGGGACAUGCCUAUUAUGAAGCUAAUACUUUUAGAUAAGACUUGUAAGUUUGAUGCUCCUAAAUGCCAAUAAUUUGUCAGUAUUCAUGUUUUAAAUGUUAUUCAAAUGGGCUUAACAUUUAUUACGUUUCUUCUGAUCAUGGCAAUUUGGUAUUACUGAAAUCACUUAAAUAAUUAUAAUAACAAAUCUAAUCAUUCAAAUAACAGAUCUUGGAGAACUUGGUUGUGGGCGUACUUGAUAAUAAUUUCACAAAAUCAUUAAAAUUGUAUACAUGUGCUUGGACAAUCUGUUUCUGCUCCCUAAAAUGGAACCAUCCAUUUCUCUGAAUUACAUGUGUUAUGACUCUCAUUUUUACUGUAUUGGGUCUCCUUUGGUGUCUCCUUUUCUGAAUAUACUUGAAAUUAAUAUAUGCAACUUUCGGAUACAUUCUUGUUUUUGAGUUACCUAAGGAGACUGACUCACCCCUGACCACAAGCCUUUAAAACUGAAAACUGAGAUUUAUAUUUUCUGGUAAAUAUGCAUUACUUUAAUGCCGCAUUACUUUAAUGCCGCAUUACUUUAACAGAAAACAUUGUGUUGUAAGAAACCAGGUCAAAAAAUAUGACCAAGACAUUUAUUUAACACUGAAUAAUAGCACUGAAUGAUAGCAUUAUUAAUAAAAUAUAUUUUAUAUUUUUUUAUUUAAAAUGUAAAUAUCCCAUUUACAUUCUGUAUGUAUUCAGGCCCUUUGUUACAGCACUUAAGUUCAGGUGCAUUCUACUCCUGUCAAUGGUCCUUAAGGUGCAGGUGUAUACAGUUUGUGGAAAAUUUUAAAGGGUCUAAAACCACGUUCUGUCAGCACUGUAUAUAUACUGUACACUAUAUUUGUGUGUGUGUGUGUGUGUGUGUGUGUGUGUGUGUGAAGAUGCGUGAUGUAUAAAGCCACAAUAUAAGUGUAAAGCCAUAAUAUUUCUUAACCUGUUUUCCAACAACACAGUGGUUUCUGUUAAAAAAUAGUAAAAAGUAAAAUAAUGCAUUUUGACAUAUAGUGCUAAAGAAUACAUACAGCAUAUAUUAAUAUUAUAUAUAUAUAUAUAUAUAUAUAUAUAUAUAUACAUACAUAUAUACAUACAGUAUACAGUACCUAUUGUUGUCUUUUAGCAUUGCUUAUAUUUCCUUUCUGCACCCAUGCUGCUGUAAUACCUCAAACUAAGCUCUACAACUUAUAGUGAUGUUUCUUCAUAUUUCAUGUCAUUUUGUCUUAUUACGCUUGAUGUAUAUAAAUGAUAAAGUGGCGUGUCAGACAUCAAAUUGUAAUUAUAAAGUAGCCUUAUUCCAUACAGCUUCUUUUGUACUGCUGAUUUAUUAAUUCUUUUAUUUUACAUGUUUUAUUUAGAAGAGACAAUUGUGACUCGCCAUUUUAUGACUCACCCAGUGCCUUAUAAAUUAGUUUGACAACUGAAGUCUGUUUUGUAACAUGUCACUCUGCUCAAUAUGCCACAGUUUAUUUGUACAGUUUCCAGUAUUGUGAUGAUGCAUGUGAGCCAACGAUUUUUUUAAUGUACUGUAUAUAUAUUUUUGGUCUUUUACACUUUUAUAUAUUACUGAGAUGAUGCCAUGCAGCAAAUAAUUUGUACAGUAUAUAUGGUAUUUUGUCAAGAGCUUUCCUGUUUUAUAUACUGUAUAUAAUAUUCUGCCAAGACAUUUUAUAUUUAAAAUACUUUAUGUAAAAUUUGUUUUAAAAAUGAUCAGUAUUUUGAAACUUAUUUUUAAGUUUUGUGUUGUUUUAUAUUUUGUUUUUCAUGAACUCUUGUCAAUAAUUGUUUUUAAUAAAUGAU